AUAACUGAAGUUGCUUCUUUUGUUCUAAAGAUGGUAAGGGAAGCAAAGUCCAAUUCUUUGGGAGAAAUUCUUCUAUUUGGGAAUAAGGAGCGACUCAAAGUUGGACCACACAUUGAAGAUAUAUAUUUGAAUUACCGUGUCAAAAGGCUAGUUGAGUGCUUGGGGCCAGUGACUGGGUGGAGUAUUUGCUUCGCUUCAAUGAUAGGUUUUCUUGAAGAUUGUGUUUCUCAUUACCAUAUUUUCUUGGAAAAUGAGUUGAGCAAUGAGAAAGAACACGAGGGUGUUAGUGAAAUGAAAGAGAAAGAAUGCAGAACUGACACUCAAGUUAUCAAGGGGAAGUGUAAAUCGUUUGUUGAAUUUUUCAGAGAUAGAUUUGUUUCUGCUGCAUUACCGCUAAGACGUUGCAUUUCUACCUUCUGUACCCAUAUAGCCAAAAAUUACUUUUUGGCACAUACUUUCCAAAACAUGAUUUCGCUCAUAGGAUUAUUUGAUUCCAUUGAAUCAUUAUUGUUGCAUGGUGACACUGUUUCUGAAGCACUGGAACACCUUUGCUCUUGUUCAAAAGUUGAAGUUGUGCCAGAGUCAUUUGUAGAUAACUCAUUUCUGCUGUGCAUGAAGAGAAAAGAAUGCCUUUCAGUAUUACGGACUCUACAGGAUUCUCUUAGUGGACUUGACCUUCCAAAUUUUAGGAAUGGAGAAGCUCUAAUGGAAUUCUGUUUUCAAAGAGCUUCCUUAAUUUUUUGCACUGCGUCGAGUUCGUAUAAGCUGCAUAGAGUGGCAAUGGAGCCACUGACCAUUGUUGUUAUUGAUGAAGCUGCACAAUUGAAAGAGUGUGAAUCAACAAUACCCCUGCAACUUCCAGGUGUGAAGCAUGCUGUUCUUGUUGGUGAUGAAUGUCAGUUACCAGCUACGGUGAACAGCAAUGUUUCUGUUGAGGCUGGUUUUUCAAGAAGCUUGUUUGAGAGGUUGAGCUCAAUGGGCCACUCAAAACACCUUCUGAAUAUGCAAUACAGAAUGCAUCCCUCAAUAAGUUUGUUCCCAAAUACAAAUUUCUAUAACAACCAGAUCCUAGACGCUCCAAAUGUUAAAAAAAGAAGCCAUGAGAAACACUAUCUUCCAGGGUCAAUGUUUGGUCCCUUUUCGUUUAUAAAUGUAAUUGGUGGAAGAGAGGAGAAGGAUGAGGAUGGACGUAGUAGAAAGAAUAUGGUCGAGGUUGCUAUUAUUCUGAAAAUACUGCAGAAGCUGUACGAAGAAUGGAUUGUUUCAAAACAGAAACUCAGUAUUGGGGUGGUAUCACCGUAUGCUGCUCAAGUAGUUGCAGUUCAGGGCAAACUUCCACAGAAGUAUGACAAGGAUGGCUUUACAGUGAAGGUGAAGACGGUUGAUGGGUUCCAGGGUGGGGAAGAUGACAUAAUUAUUGUGUCCACUGUACGAUCUACCAUUCGUCAAUCCAUUGAUUUUAUAUCAAAACCGCAAAGAGUUAAUGUCGCUCUUACAAGGGCUAGGCAUUGCCUUUGGAUUCUGGGAAAUGAAAGGACUCUAUCUGAUAGGGAAUCUGUUUGGAAGGACUUGGUCCUUGAUGCCAAACGUCGUCAAUGCUUCUUUAAUGCUGAUGAAGACAAGGAUUUGGCCGGGGUCAUAUUAGAGGUGAAGAAAGAGUUCGACCAAUUGGAUGAUUUGCUUAAUUCUAACAGCAUAUGUUUUAGAAGUUCUAGAUGGAAGGUACAUUUCAGUGAUAACUUUCUGAAGUCAUUCAAAAAGCUGAAGUCAAUCAGUUUGAGGAAGUCUGUAUUAUAUCUUCUGCUGAAGCUUUCCGAUGGUUGGAGAUCUAAGAAGCCAAAUGUUUGUGGAAGCUCUUCACCAAUCUUGAGGCAAUAUAAGGUUGAAGGUCUAUACAUUGUUUGCACAACUGACAUUGCAAAGGAUGUGAAAUACAUUCAAAUAUUGAAGAUUUGGGACAUAUUGCCUCUAAGGGAUAUUCCAAAAUUGGUAAAACGUCUAGAGAAUAUUUUGAAAAGAUAUACAGAUGAUUUUAUCAAUCGGUGCAAGGAGAAAUUAAUUGAGGGUAAUUUGGAAGUUCCCAAGAGCUGGCUACCCUCUUUGGACAUUGUCCGGUUCAAGGAUCUUAGCAUCACUGAAAACCAGAGUGAUUUAGUUGGUGAUAAUGAUUCUGACCGUAGAAGUUAUGUUGAGAAUGCACAGGUCAGCGAGAGUUUGCAGCUCAUGAAAUUUUACUCCUUGUCAUCUGAUGUAGUAAACCACUUGCUUUCUGACCAUGAGGGUAGAGAGUUGGAUCUUCCAUUCGAACUUACAGACCAGGAAAUGGAGAUUAUUCUUUAUCGUAAAAGUAGCUUUAUAGUUGGACGUGCAAGGAUGCGUUAG